CACUUUUCAUUGAGCUUUUGUAAGAGCACAAGUAAUGGCUAAUUUAUUUAGUUUUUACCUUUAAGUGUCGUGAAACAGCAUCUUAAGACGAAAAAUGGAACCAGUUCUAAAAUAUUUUGACAUAUUUGACUAUUUAGUGUUUGCGCUUAUGUUAAUCAUUUCAGCUUUAAUAGGCGUUUAUUUUGCGUUUUUCGCAAAAGUAAAACAAAAUACAACAUCCGAGUAUCUAAUGGGAGGAAAGACGAUGGGUACAUUUCCAAUAUCCAUGUCGCUAAUAGCAAGUUACAUAUCAGGAAUAUCGAUACUGGGCAUGCCCGCCGAAAUAUACACUUAUGGAACGCAGUUCUGGAUGAUAAUGUGCACUGAAGGAUUGGUAUCGUUAACUAUGGCGGUUGCUAUACUACCUGUAUUUUAUAAGUUAGAAAUUACAUCAAGUUACGAAUACUUAAAUUUACGAUUUAAUGAAACCGUGAGAUUGUUGGGAUCCAUUUUAUUUUUGACAAAAAUGAUGCUUUACAUUCCCAUAGUUAUAUAUGUACCGGCACUCGCUUUCAGUCAAGUUACUGGAAUUAACCUUCAUUUGGUAACACCGGUAGUUUGUAUCGUCUGUAUAUUUUACACAACUUUGGGAGGAUUAAAAGCGGUGGUAUGGACCGAUACGGUUCAAACGGUUGUGAUGACCGCCGCACUGAUAGUGGUGCUAAUCAUGGGUACAGUAAGUGUGGGAGGAUUCGCCGAAGUGUGGAAUCGUAACGAGCAAGGUGGACGCCUCGAAUUUUUCAAUAUGGACCUCGAUCCAUCGAUACGGCAUUCGUUUUGGACCGUUACUAUUGGAAAUUAUUUUUCGUGGUUAGCCGCCUGUUCCAUCAAUCAAGCUAUGGUACAAAGAUGUCUUGCUAUGCCGACACUAAGAUCGGCGAGAGUGACACUAUUUAUACUGAUGUUUGGUUUGGUGUUUCUCAUCACCAUGUGUUGCUAUAUGGGGUUGGUGAUCUUCGCAUCGUAUCACAAGUGUGAUCCCAUCACAAGAGGAUACAUAGCGAAGUCAGAUCAGUUGCUUCCUUAUUUUGUAAUGACAAUUGCUACCGCAAUGCCGGGUCUUCCGGGAUUAUUUGUUAGUGGUGUGUUCAGUGCAGCUUUAAGCUCGAUGUCUACCGGGUUAAACUCAAUGACGGGCGUGAUAUUUGAGGAUUUGAUAAAACCUAGAAUGAAAACACCAUUAAGUGAAGUAAAAGCGAGCUUCAUUAUGAAGGUUAUGGUUGUUAUAAUAGGAAGUAUUUGUGUAGGAUUAGUGUUUGUCGUUGAGAAAAUGGGAGCUCUAAUACAGGCAUCCGGAAGUAUGGGUGCAAUUACCGCCGGACCCUUAUUAGGAAUAUUUACCUUAGGAAUGUUUUUCCCGUGUGCCAAUUCGACGGGUGCCUUAAUUGGAGGUUUAGUUAGCGGAUCGUUAGUCGCCUGGAUUUCAAUUGGAACUCAAAUAAACAUGGCGCAGGGUUUAAUCAAAUUUCCUCAAAAACCCAUUUCUUUAGACGGUUGCGAUUCAAGUUGGGUCUCCGAAUAUUUAAGCGUAAGUUUGACAUCAGACGGCCCGCAGAGAACCCUCGACCCUCCCUUUGUAUUGUUUCGAUUGUCCUAUAUGUACUACACUGCAACAGGUUUAAUUGUAACUGUUAUUGUUGGUCUCACUGUUAGCUUUUUAACCGGUUGCAAUAAAGGGAAAAAAAUUAAAGCGAAUUUGUUCUCACCUGUUAUACAAAAAUUUGUGAAAGAUAACUUAAGUGAUUUAGCGCAAAGAGUUAAUGACACUAGCAAAAAUUGUAAUAGCGAUAAUAAUGAUAUACAAUUAAACCAAUUAAAAAUUUAGUAUCUGAUUAUUUAAAC